UGUGGGUUGUGCUAUUUCCUAUACUUGUGCUAAUAUUGUUGUGUGUAUAAUGUCAUUCUCAGUAUCCUCUCUCUGUUCCUUGUUGGUUGGAACAGUGCAUUGGACAUGAAAGCACCCAUCUUUUCUUGUCCAUCAGUCAUUCAUAUAUGAUGUCUCACUAGCCUUCUUCAUUGUCCUACUGGUUCUUUGAUUGCCUUCUUCCCUACCAAAGUUAACAACUUGGUUUUUGGUUUGUUUGCCUGCUUGUUUUUUUGGGGUUGUAAGAUGGGUUCUUUGGGUUUGGAGGAGGUGAAGAGGAGGAAGGCAAUGUGGUUGUAUCCCAAGGUGGUUGGUUUCAACCCUUCUGAGAGAUGGGGGCAUUCUUCUUGCUUCUUUGAUGGUGUUGUUUAUGUGUUUGGGGGAUGUUGUGGAGGUUUACAUUUUAGUGAUGUUCUUACUCUGAAUCUAGACACAAUGGUAUGGAAAUCCCUUGUUACAACCGGGCCGAAACCCGGCAACCGUGACAGUCACAGCACGGCGCUUGUCGGUCACCGGAUGGUUGUCUUAGGAGGAACUAAUGGCUCAAAGAAAGUGAAUGAUCUUCACAUUUUGGAUUUAAGGACUAAAGAAUGGAGCAGGCCUAAUUUCAAGGGCACGCCGCCUUCGCCGCGAGAGAGCCAUACCACCACCGUGUCCGGUGAAGGCAAACUUGUGAUUUUUGGUGGCAGCGGAGAAGGCGAUGGCAAUUACUUGAAUGAUGUUCAUAUACUAGACCUGAAAAGCAUGACUUGGAGUUCCCCUCAAGUUAAGGGUGAACUUCCGGCCCCAAGAGAUAGCCACACUGCAGUCACAAUUGGUAAUAAGCUUCUUAUUUACGGGGGUGAUUGCGGUGAUCGUUAUCAUGGUGAAGUUGAUGUUCUCGACAUGGAGAAUAUGACUUGGUCACGGCUUAUGAUUCAGGGGUCCUCGCCUGGUGUCAGAGCAGGUCAUGCAGCUGUUACUUUUGGGACCAAAGUUUAUGUUAUCGGUGGAGUUGGUGACAAGCAAUAUUAUAGCGAUGUUUGGGUUCUUGAUGCGGCUAAUUGUUCGUGGACUCAGCUUGAUAUCCGUGGGCAGCAACCACAAGGGAGGUUUUCUCAUACUGCCGUUAUUACUGGCACUGACAUUGCCAUUUACGGAGGGUGCGGAGAGGAUGAGCGCCCGCUAAAUGAGUUACUAAUUCUGCAGUUGGGGUCUGAGCACCCUAAUGGUCGGUACAACAUUUCAAUGUGUAAGAUUUUCGGCAAUCACUUGAGCCAAGAUAAGCAGAAGUUUUUGAAAGCUAGUGAAAAUUCACAAAAAAGCAUGGUUUCUUGUAACGGAGGGCUUAAUCAGGGAUCUCAUGAAGCUGAAGUUGAAACAAAGAGCCCUCUCGUACGAGAUAAUUUGCAUUCAAAGAGAAGAAAAAUAGGGGAGAACAAAGUGUGGGAGAUUGAAUCUGAGCAGGAAGAGCAUUCUCUGUCACUUUCUCAACAUUCUUCUCCAUCUCAAUCGGAUCAAGAGCUAAACACAGCCCAAAGAGCGAAUGAAUCGAUUGCCGCCUCCCGACAAUUCACUCAUUUCAAGUUGAAUCACUUGAGGGAGCGAAGCACACCGCAUGACACGAAUUUCUUGAAUGUGGAAUCCGCCCGACAUCCAAAGACAGAACAAUUCCUUCGUGUUGUUCCACCUAUGAAACGCGAAGCUCAAUUCAUUGGUUCAGAUCAGCGGCCGGUUGCGAGGCCAGUGUUCCCCCCUUUGAUUGGAGGAGAAGUUCGCGGAGUUGUAGAUGGUGCAUUUGAUUCCGGUUACUUAAUGACUGCCAAUGUUAAUGGACAAAUUUUCCGGGGUGUCUUGUUUGCUCCCGUGGCCGGAUUUGCGGUUCCAAGACCUCCGGUGCAUUCUCAAAGCUCACCUCUGGGAAGCCCCACCGUCGUUCCAAAACAAUGUGCGGCUGCUGUUCCUAUUCAUGUAAGACCUUCGCAACCAGCCACACUUGUCGUCCCUGAACGUGGUCAUCACUUGCUCCAAGCAAAGCCAGUUCGCGUCAUCAAAACACAGGCGGCACGAUCAAGCAAUGAUCUUCACGGCGUUGUUCUCACUCUCGGAGGACCCGGAGCAGGUUGAUCAUAUAGCACCAGCCUCAUGAGUUCAAGUUUCUGUUAGAUUAGAACCAAUGUUUCUUUUUUUUUUUUGUGCUUUUCUUUUGUCUUGUGCCUUAAAUUUGUGUGUAUAAAUGAUAAAUCUUGAGAAUAAAGAAUGGAAGGUUUUGUUCUCUUGUUCAAA